AUGCCAAAAUUUGGCUUGUUACUAUUUAUUCAAUUUAUUUUUUUAUCAAAAUGUUUAAAAUUGUAUAACAAUUGUACUCAAUCAUCUGAAUGUUUGAUUGGUAAUUCAACAUGCCAUGAAGGGAAAUGUUCAUGUUUACCUGAUUUUAAAGAUAUUAAUAAUAAUUGUUAUCCUAUUGAUAUUGAAUCUAAAUUAGGAUUAAACUGUACAGAGUCAUCACAAUGUACGGGUGUUGGAGAGUAUUGUUCUUCAUUUAAUGUUUGCCUUUGCCUAUCAACAUAUGUAGAAGUUUCUUCAACUUGUUUACCUAUAAUUUUUCCAGGUAAUUCAAAUUGUUUAACAUCACUUCAAUGUAGUUAUACUUUUCCUGGAAGUUGGUGUGAUCAAAAUCAUACCUGUCAAUGUCCAGAAGGUAGUAUAAUAAAAGGAAAUACUUGUAUUCUAGCUAAUAAUGGUAUACCAUUAAUUCAAGCAGACAAUUCUAUUAUUUCAAAUAAUUUUAAUCCUGAUAAAGCAUCUUUUUUUGAUAAAAUUACUAAUUUUAUAACAUUAAAGACAAGGUCAAUUUUUAGUAAUCAACAAUCAGAAACUAAUGAUAUUAGUGGUAUUAGACCUGGUGGUCGUUGUAAUAGUGAUAUUUUAUGUUCAGGAUAUCCUUUGGCAUAUUGUGAAACUGUUUGUAAAUGUAAGGAAAAUUCUUAUAAUGCUGGAUCAACAUGUAUUAAAUUAGCCACAGAACCACAACCUAUUACUGGUUCAUGUCCACCUAAUCAAGUUUAUUCAACUGAAGCUGGUAGUUGUGUAAAUCGUGUCUAUCCAUCACAAAAUUGUCAAUAUUCUGAACAAUGUAGUGCAAUAGAAUCAGGAUCAUUUUGUAGAAAUAAUAUAUGUGAAUGUGUCUAUGGAAUGGUAAUAUCUAAUGAUAAAACAAAAUGUGUUUAUAAGGAUAAUCAUUGUAUAACUAAAGGAACAAUAUGGGUUCCAGAAUUAGGUGAAUGUAAACAAGUUAUUAUACCUGGUCUUGAAUCAUGUAGUCAUUCAUUACAAUGUUCAACAGCAUUUAAUGGAUCAUAUUGUUAUGAAAGAAAAUGUAUCUGUCCUCCUGAUAAUCCUAUUCCUGUUGAUGGUACAUGUGGUAUUAAAUGUCAAGAAGGUCAAUCAUUCUCAAGUAUAACAGGAUCAUGUUUACCAAAUAUUAAUCCUGGUAAUGAAUGUACCUAUACAUCACAAUGUCAUUCAGCUUUUCUUGGUACUGUAUGUAAUAGUGGAAUAUGUAAAUGUGGUGGUAAUAAAGUUUUUACUGGUACAAAUUGUGCAUAUUCAUGUCCAACAGGAUAUAUGAAAGGUCUUAAUAAUAUUUGUGUACCUGGUUGUACAAAAAAUCAAAUUGAAUAUAAUGGUGAAUGCCUUUCAUAUGCAGCUCCAGGGCAAGAAUGUAAAAUUAAUGCACAAUGUACUGGGAAUAGUUUAUGUGGGAAUGGUAUAUGUACAUGUAGAUCAAAUAUGCAAAUUGUUUCAGGUAUUUGUCAAGUUAUUAAAGUUUUCCCAGAUCAAUCAUGUUCAUUAGGUGAAGAAUGUAUGGGUGGAUCAACAUGUGUUGAUGGAAUAUGUAUAUGUCAACCAGGAACUGUUAAUGUUAAUAAUCAAUGUAUUAAACCAAUUUUAGUACCUCCUAACACUGCAUGUACUAAAGCUACAGUUUGUAGUGGUGGAUCACAUUGUAUUAAUGAUAUCUGUACAUGUGAAUCACCUCUUGUGCCUAUUAACAAUACUUGUACCUAUCCACCAUCAGUUCUCCCAAAUUCACCUUGUCCAACGGGUUUCGAAAAUUGCCUUGGUGGAUCAUCAUGUAUCCAAUCAGUUUGUACCUGUCCAGCAGGUACAAUAUCAGAAGGUGGGAAUUGUCAUAGAAUUAUUUAUGUUAAUGUUACACAAACAUGUUCAGAAUCUCGAAUAUGUACAGGUCAUUCAAUUUGUAUAGAUCAUAUUUGUACAUGUCCACCACCAUAUUAUCUUAAAAAUAAAGAGUGUAUAUUACCAGGUAUAGCUUUAGCUGGACACAGUUGUGCUAAUAAACAGGUAUGUACUGAUAAUGCAUAUUGUGAUAACAAAAAAAUUUGUACUUGUAUACAACCAACUGUCAAUCAAAAUGGAAUAUGUAUGCUAACACUUUCCUCUAAUCCUGGUGAACCUUGUGAUGAUACAAUAAUUUGUAAUGGUUUUAGUAAUUGUAUAGAUAAUAUUUGUACUUGUCCACCUGGUACUAUUAAUAUAAAUGGUAUUUGUAAACAAAUUUUAUCUGAUCUUGGUAGUUGUAAAACUUCACAAGAUUGUUUUGGUGGUUCAUUUUGUAAUACAUUAACAAAAAAAUGUAUAUGUCCUGAUGAUACAUUUGCCAUUGAAAAUAGAUGCAUUAGUAAUAAUAGUAUACCUAUUGAAACAACUAAUGUUAUAGUUAAUAUUCAAUCUAGUGAAAUGUCUGAUAUAACAUCUUUAUCAUCCUCUAGUAGUACUAUUAAAACAACAGUAAAACAGAGCUCUCAAAAAAAUGUUAAAAAUGUUAAAAAAAAUAAAAAAAAAAACCAAGUUUCACCAGGGGGAAAUUGUAUUCAAAGUUAUUACAAAUGCAUAAAUGGAGCUGAUUGUGUAGCAGGAACAUGUAUAUGUCCACCAGAUACAAGAUUAAUUAAUGGAAAAUGUACCAAAGAAUUAUUUGCUUUUCCAGGAGAAGAUUGUGGAUCUGGUCAGGAAUGUACUAGAAAUUCAAUUUGUAAUCAUGAAACAUUAAAAUGUGAAUGUAUAAAUACAUUAAAAAUUGCUAUAGGAAGAAGUUGUGUUGAUAGAUUACGUUCACAUCCUGGAUAUCCAUGUGAUAAUGGAGAAAUAUGCAUUGGUGGAAGUGUAUGUUUUAAAGGAUUUUGUAAAUGUCCUGGUAAUCAAAUAGUUUCUGAUAAAAUUUGUGUUGAACCAAGAAGAUUGAUGCCUGGAAAUAAAUGUACUGAUGAUGAUAUUUGUACAGGUAAUUCUGAAUGUGAUAGAAAAACUUGGAUGUGUCAAUGUAGACCUCAUCAUAUUGCAAUUGGUGGAAUUUGUACAAAAAUUAUUCUUGCAAAACCAGGUGAACAAUGUUCAGGUCAACAGUAUCGUUGUAUUUUAAAUUCUUACUGUAAUGGUGAUACUUGUAUCUGUUUAAGUGGAAUGAAACUUAUUGAUGAUCAAUGUAGGAUUCCUGUAAAAAGACAACCAGGUAGUUAUUGUGGAGAAAAUGAAGAAUGUACAAAUCUUUCAACUUGUAUCAAUGGAAGAUGUGUAUGUAAUCCUCCAAGAAUUUUAAAAAAUUCAAAAUGUGAAAUGACUGUUGAUGUUGCAGCUGGAGGAGUUUGUAGUAUUCAUGAUAAAUGUUUAGGUGGUUCUAAUUGUAUUAAUGGAAGAUGUUUGUGUAAUACAAAUGAAUAUAUUCAUGGUGGAAUUUGUGUAGAAAAAGUUUAUAAAAAUCCAGGCGAACAUUGUGAUGAAAAUCAAAUUUGUAGUAAUGGAUCAUAUUGUAGCAGAUCAAAAUAUUGCAUUUGUUAUCAAGGAUAUGUUAUUGAAGAUUCAAAAUGUGUCAGAAAAACUCGUUCAAGACCUGGUGAAUCAUGUAAGAAUGGAGAACGUUGUAUUGAUAAUUCUACAUGUAUAAAAGAUAUAUGUACUUGUCCUAAAUCAACAAUUUUACAAGGAAAUAAAUGUAUACCAAAUCGUGUAUCAAAAAUAGGAGAAUCAUGUGCUAAUGGUGAAAAAUGUAUAAAUGGUUCUAAAUGUCAACCAAUUGCAAAAAUAUGUGCCUGUCCACCUGGAUUUGUCAAUAGAAAUGAGGCAUGUGUUCCAAUAGAAGGAUUAAUUUCUAAAAAAUUAUCACAAACAUCAGAGCAAUUUUUUAAACCUGAAAAGAUAAAAAAUUCAUUUUCGUUUUCAAAAAAUAAUAGAGAAACAUUAAAACGAAAUGAUUUUAUCUCUCCAGGUUUGUGUAAUAAAACAUCUGAUUGUGAUGAAAAUGCUAAAUGUAAAAAUAAUAUUUGUGUAUGUAAUCAAAAUUAUGUUCUUAAAAAUGGAUUUUGUAUACGUAUUAUAUCUGCUGUUGAUCCUCCAUCAGGCGGAUCAUUAGGUCAUAAAUGUACCUCAUCGAAUGAAUGCCAUGUCAAUAAUUCACAUUGUAAAAAUGGAAGAUGUCUAUGUUUACCUGGUUUUAAAAUGUUAGGGGUAAAUCAAUGUAUAAAUGGAAAAUUUGGAAAACUAAGUAGAAAUGAGCCAAUAAAACAUCCUGAAGAAAUAAAAUUACCAUUCUCAAAAAGACCAUCACUUCCUGGUGGUAAAUGUAUUGAUAGUAAAGAAUGUUUAAAUAAAAGUUUUUGCCAUCAAGGAAAAUGUGUAUGUCCAAGGGGAAUGAAAACAAUAAAAAAUCAUUGUAUUGAUGUUGAGAUGGUUCCACCAUUGGCAUUAUGUAGUGAUGGACAAAUUUGUACCGGAAAUAGUGAAUGUAGUGUAAAUGGAAUUUGUUUAUGUCCUAAAAAUCAUACAUUAUAUAAAGGUUUUUGUCAAACUGAUGAACAAAUUAAGAAUAUGAAGAAUCUUCUUGGUAAUGAAGUAACUAAAAAAAAAGGUUUGGUUGCAAUUCCAAAUUUAAAAAUUAUGGGUAAAAUCAGUUUACAAGAAAAGUUUGAAAUUUUAUCUAGUAAGACAAAAACAUAUGGAACAACAACAACAGUAGCUCCAAAAACUACUAAAAAACAAGGUAGUACACCAAAAAUGAGAAAAUCUACAAAAUUACCAUUUGAUGGAAUUGCUAAAAGUAUAACUUUAGAGAAAGAAGAAAUAUUAAAAAUUUUACAAGAAAAUAAUAAUCAGACGAGACAAACUACCAGACCACCAAAAGAAACUUUAUCAACAAAGAAAAGUUCAUCAAAAGUAUUUCAAACUACCAAACCGACAAAACCUCAUACAACUUCUACAUCAACGGUUUCUAUUAAUACUUCUACUAAAACCUCUAAAACAAAUUCUACAACCACAACUUUAGUUACUUCAACAACAUUUUCUCCUACUACUAUAAAAACAUCUUCUACUAAAAAGCUUACAAAAACGACGUUAAAACCUUCAACUAAAAUUAUAUCAUCAACUAUUGUCAAUCAAGCUAUUCUUACUACAACUACUACAACAAAAAUUGUACCAUCAACUACAACUUCACCUACAACAGAAGUUUAUGAUAAUACUAUAAAUUUAUUAACUAUAGAUAAUCAUACAAAUACAAUUCCUACAACUCCAGAAUCUCCUCCAAUAAUUAAAAAUCCAAUUAAUAUUACAAAUAUUGUAAGUAGUAUUGUAAAAUCAAAUGAAAUUCUUGACAACAAAGAUAUAAUAGUAACAUUAUCACCUGAAACAUCUACCAAUAAUUCUACCACAAAAUAUGAAUUAAUACCUUCAACAGAACAUCAAAUAAUAUCUUUACCAGAAACUACAAUGCCAAAAAUAAAUAAAACAAUAACAAAUAAUGUUAAUAUAACCUCAAUUGUAGAAGAACUUCUCUCAAUCAAAGAACCAUUUAUUUUAACAACCACACCUAAUGAAAUUGAAAAAAGUUUAGAAGAGGAUAAUUCAAAGGAAAUGGAGGAAAUUAAAGAAAUUUUACCACCAAUUCAAGUUAUUUCCCCACAUAAAUCAUUAUCAAAUGUCAAUUUUUAUAAAAUUUUUCCUAAUUUAGUAUCAAAUACUCAUUAUUCAAGUAAUGUCAAUACUAAACCCCUAACAAUUCCAUAUUCACUUUUUCAAAUAUCAUAUCCAGGACAAUUUUGUGAUGAAAGUUUAGUUUUUUGUUCAUCUAACUCUAAAUGUGAACAAAAUAUUUGUCAAUGUGAGGAAAAUUAUUAUCUUUAUAAUAAUGAAUGUCUUUCUAUUGACAAAAAUGUUAUAUGUAUAUCUAAUGAUGAUUGUCCUCUAGGUGCUUUUUGUUUUGAUAAUGAAUGUCAAUGUGAAGAAGGAAUGAGAUAUUCACGAUUCGUUAAUCCUGGAAGUUCAUGCUCUAAUGGUGAAACAUGUAUUGGUGGUUCUAUUUGUAAAAAAAAUAUUUGUGUUUGCCCACCGAAUAAACCAAUUAUUAUAAAUAAUAUAUGUUCAAAAAAAACAAAAAAUUAUUCAGUUGAUGAAAGUGAGUUGGUAAAUGUUAAUAAUAAUAAAAAAACAACAAAAAUUAAUUAUUUAAAUCUUACUAAACCACUUGAAAGUAAUCCUAUUUCACGAAAUAAAAGAGAUAUAACAAUAGGUCUUGGUUAUGCAUGUACUAAUGAUACUGUAAAUGUUAUUGUAAAUCCAUGUAUAAAUAAUGCCUUCUGUUUAGAAGGAUAUUGUCAAUGUUAUGAUGAUUUUAUACAGGUAGGAUAUUCAUGUUAUCCUAGAGUUAUAGCAGGUAAUGUUAUUAAAGAACCUGGAGAAAAUUGUGAAAAUGAUCAUUUUUGUAAUGGUGGUUCAACAUGUGAUAAGGAAAAAAAAAUUUGUCAAUGUAAUACAGGAACUGUUUUAUUUAAUUCUCAUUGUAUUAGAAAAAAUCUUGUUGGUGAAGGAUUUCCAUGUGAUUCUACUGAUAAUUGUGAAAUUGGAUUAGUAUGUAUUAAUGGUAUUUGUGUUAAAACUUCUCAACCUGAUAAUGUAACUGUUAUUGAAGUUAAUGCUGGAGAAAAAUGUCCAUCAACAUCAAGUAAUGUUAUUUGUAAAUGUAUUGGAAAUUCUAUAUUAGUUAAUAAUUAUUGUAUUUGUCCUGGUGGUGAAAGAAUAAUUAAUGGUACAUGUAUUGGAAUAGAUACUGUAUCAAAUCCAGGAGAAUCAUGUAUUACUAAUAUAACUGAAUGUCUUGGAAAUUCUACUUGUUUAGAUAAUAUUUGUACAUGUAAUGAAGGAUAUAUUAAUAUUAAUAAACAAUGUGUUCCAAUAAAUAUAACAACAUUACCUAUUACUACAACUUCUACUACCACUACUACUACUUCUGGAUUUACUAUUAUUAAUACUACUACUACAUUAGGAUAUACUACUAUUAAUACUACUACAACUGGUAUGAUUAGUACAACAUCAAUUGUAUAUUUUCCUGAUAUUGGUGAACCAUGUACAGCUACAAUUGGAUGUAGAAAUGGUGCUAUAUGUUUAAAUGGUAUAUGUCAAUGUCCACCAAAUACAAUAUAUAUUAAUGGUAGAUGUAUGAUUCAAUAUACUACAGCAAAUCCUGGUGAACCAUGUUCAAGUGAUGGUAUUGUUUGUAUUGGUGGUAGUGCUUGUAUUAAUAGAAUUUGUACAUGUCCACAAGGAUCAUAUAUUGUUGAUAAAAAAUGUAUCUUAGGAUCAUUAACAACACCAUCAUUAUGGAAAAUUGUUGAUCCAGGUUUUCCAUGUGGUAUGCCAUUUACACGUUGUGGUGGUGGUAGUUUUUGUAGUGGUGGAUUAUGUGAAUGUUUACCUAAUUUUGUUCCAAUAAAUAAUAUUUGUACAGAUUAUUCAAAUGUUUUAUCAACAACAAAACAACCAUUUACACCAUUAUAUCCUGGUGAUAUUUGUGGUUCAUCAACAUCAUUUUGUACUGGUGGAAGUUCAUGUAUUAAUGGAUAUUGUCAAUGUUUACCUGGUCAAAUACCAUCAGGAAAUAUAUGUAUAGAUAAUAUUAAUCCAUCAUCAACAAUAUCACCAAUAAUAUCACUUUUACCAGGACAAUCUUGUGAUAGUGUUUGUGAAUUAUUAAGAACAUGUAUAAAAUAUUGUGGUGGUGGUAGUAUAUGUAUAGGUGGUGUAUGUACAUGUAGUAUGGGACAUAUAGCUAUAAAUGGUAUUUGUCAAAUUAAUAAAGAACUUGGUUUAGGUAAUAAUGUUCAAUAUGUUACUGAUGAACCAACAUGGAAAUCUAGUUAUAGAUAUCCAGGACAAGAUUGUAAUAUUUUUACAACAUGUACAGGUGGAUCAGCAUGUGAUGGAAAAUUUUGUCAAUGUCCUUCAGGAUUUGUUCCUACAAAUAAUGAUAGAUCAUGUAUUAAUGCUAAUUAUCUUAAAGAAAUAAGUACUAGAAAUAAUAAUAAUAAUAAUAUUAUUAAUAAUAAUACAAAUGAAAAUUUAUUAUAUAAAAGACCAGAACUUAAAACAGUUAUAAAACCAUAUCAAUCAUUAAAAUCAUAUAAUAGAAAAAAAAAAUGUUCUGAUGAUUCACAUUGUGAUGGUGGAAUGAUAUGUAAUAAUAUGGCAUUUUGUCAAUGUCCUAAAAAUUUAGUAAAUUUUAAUGGUCAAUGUUUAGAUUUAUCAUUAGGAACAUUAGCAUAUCCUGGAAGUAAAUGUAUAUCUGAAGAUUUUUCAAAUAAAAAAUUUUUAACAUGUGCAAAUGGAAGUGAAUGUAAUAAAAAAAUUGGUUAUUGUACCUGUCCAGAAGGUACAUUACCAAAUUUAUCUAAUUUUUGUGUUACAGCAAUUCAAGUAGAUAAUAAAUUAGCAUUACCAGGAAAAGGUUGUGAUUUAAAUAUAACACCAAAUUGUGCAAAUAAUGGUAUAUGUAAAGAUAAUUUUUGUAUAUGUCCAUAUGGAACAAAAAAUAAUGGUAAUGGUGUUUGUUCAUCAAGAGUAACAUUAGAAGAAUCAAAAAUAUUAAAAGAAUUUAAUAAAAAACUUAUUAAUGAUACAUGUAAUGAUACAAUUGAAUGUAUAUUUCCAAGUAAAUGUAUAAAAGGAUUAUGUUCUUGUCCACCAGAAAUGAUAGUUUCAAAAGAAAGAACAUGUAUAAAUAGAAGAAAAACAUCAGAAAUUGGUGAAUAUUGUGAUGAAUUUGCUGGUAUUUAUUGUAUAAAUAACUCUGCAUGUAUUAAACAUUAUUGUACUUGUAAACAAAAUUAUAUUCCUAUACGUAUUAAUAAUACUUUAGAAUAUUUUACAAUAAAUGAUGAAUAUUUUGAUAUUGAAAGUAAUAUUGAUAAUUCUUUUAUAACACAACCAAUUGAAGAAUCAUUAUUAGAAUGUCCACAUGAUGGAAGUUGUAGUUUACCUGAUUGUUUUUGUUCAAUAACAGGAUUAAAUAUACCUGGAAAUAUUCAAUAUAAUGAAACACCACAAAUGAUAUUAUUAACAUUUGAUGGUCCAAUUACAGAUAAUGUUAUAAAUAUAUAUAAAAAUAUAUUUAGUGGUAAACAUAAAAAUAAAAAUGGUUGCCCAAUUAAGGGAACAUUUUUUAUAUCACAUGAAUUUAAUAAUUAUGAUCAAACUCAAUGGCUUUAUUCAAGAGGUCAUGAAAUUGGUGUUAAUUCUAUAACACAUCGAUCAUUAAGUGAUCUUUCUGAAGAGGAAUGGAAAGAUGAGAUGGUUGGAUUACGUGAAGCAUUAAAAAAAUUUUCAUAUAUUGAUUCAAGAAAAAUAAAAGGUUUACGUGCACCUCAAUUUGCCUUAGGUGGUGAAGGACAAUUUUCAAUGAUGGAAAAAGAAAAUUUUAUAUAUGAUAAUACACAAACAACUUAUGAUGGACCAUAUUGGCCACAAACAUUACAUUUUAAAACACCAUGGCGUUGUAUUGGACAGGUUUGCCCUAAUACAUCUCAUGAUAUUUGGGAAUUUCCAAUAAAUAUGUUAACACGAGAUGAUGGAAAACAAGCUUUAUUUAUGUUACAAGCUGUAACUAGAUUUGACUCAUCAGAUCAAAUAGCAAAUAUGUUACUUAGAAAUAUGGAAAAAAAUUUAAAUUCUAAUAAAGCACCAUUUAUAUUAAAUAUUGAGUCAGACUUUUUGACUGCUAUUCCAUAUAAUGGAGCACUUCGUGCUUUAGAUAUUUUUAUAACAAAAGCACUUCAAAGAAAUGAUACAUAUUUUGUAACUAUGGAAGAAGCAUUAACAUGGAUUCAAAGACCUACUAGAUUAUCAAAAUUACAAAAUUUUUUCCCAUGGCAAUGUAGAAGAUAUAAAAAUGAAUACCAACGCCCAUGUGAAACUCCAUCAAUUUGUAGUUAUACAGAUGGUCCCACAAAUUAUCCUCAUUCAUUUAGAGUUUGUGGUAGUUGCCCACAUGUCUAUCCAUGGCUUAAAAAUCCAACUGGAAAAGGAAAUACAUUUUUUUAA